UUAACAGAUUUUAUUUAAGCAGCAAGUUAAGAGAAUUAAUUUAUCAGGUUAUGAUAAUUAUAUUAAGGUUAUGAAAAGGUUUAGGGUUAGCUAACCCCCCCCAAAAAAAAUUUAUACGUUAGACUUUAAUUUGACACAAACUGUAUCCUUCCUAGCCACGACCUCACUGCUGCCAUCGGUGACUGUCAGAAGCGGGUCAGCGAAGCAGGGAAAGGAAGGGGGCGUUAACCACUGCAUUAAUCUACAGUCGGUCUCUCAUAUACCGACACCUAUUUAAAACCUACAUACCAACAACAAAUACGACUUUUCGUAUAUAAUCUUGUGAAGGAUAGAAGAGGGAGCCAUGACAAAGCGGCAGGACACCAAGAAAUUCUUUGAGAAUCUUUCCGGUGCUGGAAAAUCCAUCGGCGUUCUGACAAGCGGAGGAGAUGCUCAAGGUAUGAAUGCUGCUGUACGGGCUGUGGUCCGCAUGGGUAUUUAUGUGGGAGCUAAAGUCUACUUCGUCCAUGAGGGUUACCAGGGUAUGGUAGAUGGUGGGGAUAACAUUGAAGAGGCAUCAUGGGAAAGUGUCUCAAGCAUGCUGCAAGUGGGUGGCACAGUCAUUGGCAGUGCCCGCUGCAAGGAGUUCCGCAGCCACGAGGGGCGUCUGAAGGCUGCCCACCACCUGGUGCAGCGUGACAUCACCAACCUGUGUGUGAUCGGAGGGGACGGCAGCCUCACUGGGGCCAACCUCUUCAGAGAGGAGUGGAGCGGACUGCUGGAGGAACUGGUCCAGCAGGGUCUGAUUGAUGAGCAGGCUGCCCAGAACAACUCAGAGCUGCACAUCGUGGGAAUGGUGGGCUCCAUCGACAACGACUUCUGUGGCACUGACAUGACCAUCGGGACAGACUCUGCCCUGCACAGAAUCAUAGAGGUGGUGGACGCAAUCAUGACCACAGCCCAGAGCCACCAGAGGACGUUUGUGCUGGAGGUCAUGGGAAGACAUUGUGGGUACCUGGCCCUAGUUAGUGCUCUGGCCUGUGGGGCUGACUGGGUGCUGAUCCCUGAGAUGCCCCCUGAGGACGGGUGGGAGGAACAGAUGUGUCAGAAACUGUCUGAGAGCCGAUCCAGGGGUUCAAGGCUGAAUAUAAUCAUUGUUGCUGAAGGAGCCAUUGACAGACAAGGAAAGGCUAUUACUGUUAAUAAUGUCAAGGAUCUGGUUGUUAGCUGUCUGGGCUUUGACACCCGAGUCACCAUCCUGGGUCACGUCCAGAGAGGAGGAACCCCCUCUGCCUUCGACCGGAUCCUGGCCAGUCGUAUGGGAGUGGAGGCGGUCCUGGCCCUGUUGGAGGCGUCAGCCAGCACCCCGGCCUGCGUCGUGUCUCUGUGUGGGAACCAGGCUGUCCGUCUGCCCCUUAUGGAGUGUGUUCAGAUGACACAAGACGUCCAGAAAGCCAUGGACGAGAAGAAUUUUGAGGAAGCUGUGAGACUGCGUGGCAGGAGUUUCGAAAACAACCUGAACACCUACAAACUCUUGUCUUACCGGAAAGCAGACUCUGAACUCCCAAAUGAAGAGGAUGAGCUCCCAUAUAAUAGCUCCUUCAACGUGGCGGUGCUGAACGUGGGUGCCCCUGCUGCGGGCAUGAACGCAGCUGUCCGCUCGGCCGUCAGGGUGGGCAUCACCGAGGGGCACAAGAUGUUCGCCGUUAACGACGGCUUCGAGGGAUUCUACAAGGGACAGAUAAAGGAGAUUAAAUGGGGAGAUGUAGGUGGUUGGACUGGACAAGGGGGGUCCAUACUGGGAACAAAGAGAACCCUUCCAGCGAAGCAUCUUGAUAAGAUAGCUGAACAAAUCAGGAUACAUAACAUUAAUGCUUUGCUUGUUAUCGGUGGAUUUGAGGCCUUCCUGGGAGUCAUGGAACUGUCCGCUGCCCGGGAGAAAUAUAAUGAGUUCUGUGUCCCCAUGGUUAUGGUCCCUGCCACGGUCUCCAACAAUAUACCGGGCUCUGACCUCAGCAUUGGCGCAGACACAGCUUUGAAUGCUAUUACUGAUACAUGUGACCGCAUCAAGCAGUCUGCCAGUGGGACCAAGCGGCGUGUGUUCAUCAUUGAGACCAUGGGAGGGUACUGUGGGUACCUGGCCAGUGUCGGGGGGCUGGCUGCGGGGGCUGACGCUGUCUACAUCUAUGAGGAACCCUUCGACAUCAGAGAUCUCCAGUCCAACGUCGAGCAUUUGACAGAGAAGAUGAAGACGGGCAUCCAGAGGGGCUUGGUGCUGAGGAAUGAGAACUCCAAUGAGAACUUCACCACAGAUUUCAUCUACCAGCUGUACUCUGAGGAGGGGAAAGGAGUGUUUGACUGCAGGAAGAAUGUCCUUGGACAUAUGCAGCAGGGAGGUGCUCCUUCCCCAUUCGACAGGAACUUUGGAACGAAGAUUGCAGCCAAAGCGAUUCAAUGGAUUUCAAGAAAGCUCAAGGAGUCAUAUAAAGAAGGGAAGGUGUUUGCUAACACAGAGGACACUGCCUGUUUGCUGGGGAUGCGUCGCAGAGCCAUGGUCUUCCAACCAGUGGUGCAGCUCAAAGACCAAACAGACUUCGUCCACAGGAUCCCUAAGGAACAGUGGUGGUUGAAGCUCCGCCCCCUGAUGAAGAUCCUGGCUAAGUACAAGACCAGCUACGAUGUGUCUGACUCUGGCCAGCUGGAGCAUGUGACCCGGGUCAGGCCCAAGAAGGUGGACUGAACUGACCAGCACCUAGUCUGGGUAGGCUAGACCAGCACAUAGUCUGGAUAGGCUAGUCUUUAGAUAGAGCUGGGCUGCUCUGAGCUGAUCCAUUCAGUGUAACUUAGCUCCAAUCAUGGUAAGUCUUACCAGCACUUUCACUCCGUCCCAUACUCAUGUCCCCUCAGAAGCUACAUAGGGCUCAACUGUCCACCCUUCUUCCGAAGUAUGCACUUGCAUACUUUCUCAUAUGGAUUUUACACUGGUAGAAACUGCUUCCAGCCAAUGCUUACACCAAUCCUAUGCUUUUAAAUUCAUGAUGGGGAGUGUGCAAGUGCACACUUUUGGAAAAGGGUGGAGAACUGGGAUGUAACCCUAGUCUACUCCCAUAGGUGCUUUUUCUUCCCUCUCUGUCUUCUCCUAAAGGGAGAGCUGUUUAUCCCACCACCUACUGUAGGUCUACUCCAGUGUUGUUGUGCUGUCACUCCGUAUCAAACCCGGGUUGGCAUCUAAGAGUAGGUCAUGUUAGUUCCGCCGCUGUAUUUUGUGGCUUAGUUGAGGACGUGUUUGUGAAACCCAUUAUAAAUGUUAACUCACUGUGUGAUCCGAGUGUUUUCUCCAUGUAUUAAAGAAUAUUUAUUGUGAUGACAA